AUGAAAGCUGUAGCUUUUCCCGCUAAAAUCGCAAAUCUUAGCUUCCCUUCUAACUGUUGCUCACUAUUCUUCCGAUCACCGGCGACGUUUUUAUCGCCGGCAUUGCCUUGUCGGAAGCUGACGAAAGGAAUAAGAGGUCUCGAAGGCUUGAUGUCUCAGUGUUUAUCAUCAUCGUCACAAUCAUUGUCAUUUUCAUCGAAUUCAUUCUCCUCUCAACCGGAAUCAGAGUUACUUCAAGCUUUACCUUCUUCGAAGCCAAAAUCUCCGCCACUGCAGCUGCCAUGGCUCAUUGUUGGUUUGGGUAAUCCCGGCAAGAAGUACCAGGGCACGCGCCACAACGUUGGUUUUGAGAUGGUGGACGCUUUGGCUGAUGCAGAAGGCAUCUCCAUGAACACUGUUAACUUCAAGGCCUUGUUUGGGAAAGGCGUUAUUGGAAAUAUACCGAUUAUGCUGGCUAAACCACAAACUUUCAUGAACCUAAGUGGUGAGUCUGUUGGACAAAUCGUUUCAUUUUACAAGAUCCCGUUAAAGCAAGUACUUGUGGUUUACGAUGAUUUAGAUUUGCCCUUUGGUAAACUACGUUUAUUGCCAAAAGGUGGUCACGGAGGCCACAAUGGGUACAAUGCUUUUCACUCUCUAUCUGGCCUGUUGAUGUUUUCAUUUGUGUUUUAACUUUUAAGUAUUGUCUUACUUUUUACUUAAGAAGCAAUGUGGAUGGAUAAUAGUUUGCGGUUUCACUAUCAAAUCAUAGAGAAACUCUACAAGAAAACAUGAUGGGUUGUUCUUUUACUUGCAGGAUGAGAAGUAUUAUAGACCGCCUCAAAGGUAGCCGUGAUUUUCCUCGACUAAGAAUAGGGAUCGGACGUCCUCCAGGGAAGAUGGAUACAGCCAAUUUUGUUCUCCGCCAGUUCAAUAGACAGGAACAGGAAGAGUUGGAUCACACAUUCCAAACCGGGUUAGAGGCAAUAAGGAUUCUUUUGCUUGAGGGGUUCAACAAAAGUGCAACAUUUGUCAACACUCGAAAAUCUAUGGAGCAACUCAGUUAGAAGUGACAUUGUUACAUUACAUAUAUUCAUAUAACAAACUACAAAGUGUUCUUGCUGAUUCAUUAAUAAUUUUUUUUUGGUUCCAUACUUGAAUCCUUUUUGAGCAAAUUGUACAUCAAAAGAUAACCAGAUUAUUUGUUUAUCAUAAUUUCUAUUAUGUAACUCGAAAAUAUGGAUUUCAGUAUUUGUUCGGCUGUAAUUUAAAUUAUACACUUUCAUUAAGC